CAUUUAAUAAUUUCGAGGGUGCAAUUGUGCAAACUGAGUUUUAAACGUUUUUGUCCCGCUGUUCGCAACAUUUGAAGGCGAGAACAUUGACGAACUUAGAGGAGCUGAUUCCAAUUGGAGCGAGUGCGCGGAGAGAAUGGUCCUCUUGCAGAAGCUGGUAUUCAAGCGAACGAUGGAGAGAAUCACCAGUCCUAGCACCGAAUCUGCUUUCAAAGAGAGAGGCGUUCUCAGCGUCAACGAGUUCAUCCUGGCCGGCGAUAAUCCCGUCUCCAAAUGCCCUACCUGGACUUGGGAAUUGGGCAAGCCUAGCAGGAGAAAGUCCUUUUUACGGGCUGAGAACCAAUAUUUGAUGACUCAAAAUGAAAAAGACUGUUAAGAAGAAAGUAAUAGAUGUCCUGAUGUCAAGAGGAGUUGAACCUGAAGUUGACAUCUCCUUGUUUGCGAAGUGCAGCAUCAGGAUAUGAUGAGAUUCAUGGAACAACAAUUUUGGGUUUCAUUUUUAUGGACACUGAAGAGAAAUACGUAAAAAUUGUCAUGGCAUGUGACAGCAAAUCUAGCCUCAAAAAUGGCACAGUAGUUGAUGAACAGAAGAAGUUUCUACAUAUCAAAGGCUGUAAUGCUUUAGUGUAACUGGCAGGCUCUGCCAAAGAAAGUGAAGGAAUUGCAAACGAACUAAAGAACAAGGUUACAAAUGACUUGGAGGAAUUAGUUCGUGCUUUCGACGAAAAGAUGACCACCGCCUAUGAUUCUGGCUUUGUAGUAGGUUGCCUAAGUCCGGGCCGAGAGCGUCCGCAUGUCUUCAAAUUCGAACACGGGAAAUGGACACCUGUAAAAACCGCAGCGAGUCAAGGUUAUGAUGGAUCUAGAGGUAAUCAAGCUAGCAAGUUUCUAAACUUUAGGUACUUAUUAUUUAAUUAAUUUGUAUCUAAUGCACAAAAAUAUACAUCACACAAAUUUUAUCCACUUUUGAUAGUAAUUUUCACCUCAUGUUUAGGAACAAUUUUAAACCUGUGAAAGUGGAUAAAAUUUGUGUGAUGUAUAUUUUUGUGCAUUAAAUACAAAUUAAUUAAAUAAUAAGUACCUAAAGUUUAGAAACUUGCUAGCUUGAUUACCCCAGAUCCAUCAUAACCCUGACUCGCUGCGGUAUUUAAUGCACAAAAAUACCGAGUCAUUAGAUGAUGUAGAUGAUGCAAAGAUAUUAUGGACUACAAUUUUUUAACAGUAUUUCAUCAUUCACCGCUUACUGAUGUGUACAAUUUAUUAAAGUAUAUUCCAAACAAAUAAAUUAAGAAACUUCUAUUAUGAUA